ACAUGAAUGUGUGGCCCCUACCAGGUGCCAACACCAUCCUCUGUCGCAGUUAAAUAAUAUAGGCAUGAACCCAUGCGUCCACCAAACCUUAAUCAUGGGUGGGAAAUUUCUAAUUGCUUAAGCUUGGCAACAAAUUAUGUAGAAAAUAGGGAAGAUUUAGACUUUUCCUCGAAUUGGGUUUUCCUUUGACCUGUACUCUAAUUCAUUUUCUGCUUUCUUUAGCAUUCAAUAGAGUCUGCAACCACCGGCUGCAAAAAAAAACAAAGAGGCUGCAAUGGGAGUGCAUGGAAAUGUCAGCGUCUUCCUGGUCAGCGUCACGGGUACGUGUUACUCCGGACUCGUUUUCUUGCCGUUGGAUUGGACUAUAUAGUAUCCUGUAUCCACUAAAGUUAUGGUCACAGACAUCACAGGCAUGUCACUGAACCAUCACGACUGUUUUACAUAUUUUCUGUGUAUUUCAAAAGACCUUUACCAUUCUCUUUUUUACGGUUGACAUAGGCGUAGACGAAAACCUGAUGCGAGCAAAUCAUUGAUCUGCAAAUAGACAUGGUUGGGUGAAGUCUCUAGAUUGCUCAAGUCAAAAUUCAGAUGAAACAUCUCUCUUUCUCUGUGUUUUCUUUUCUUCUGUGGAAGUGGAAAGACCCAUUUUCCCAGAACAAAGUUGUUUUGCUCCUUUUGUAGAGGUGUUCUGCUUUAAUCAAAAGACUUUUCUGUUUGGGGCUCUUGUUUUUCUUGGUUAUCUUAGGUUGAAGGGCUCUCUGCAAGUUUGGCACUUCAUUUGGUGGUCACCAAGAGGGAGUUCUGGUAUCUGGAUUAUCUUGCCUCUUUGAGCACUGUUUCUUUAUUUGGCUGCUGUUUUCAUUUAUGAAGAUUCCUUUUCGAGAAUUGGAGUUAUCAUUAAGUGUAAGGAACUGGGGUUUUGAUGAGAAAGAAGAUUAUGCAAUCUGAUUCUGGACAUGAUUCUUUGAGCCGUUGUUUGCUUGUUAUCUUGCUCAUUUACGGGAAAGCUGCAAGGGAAAUACUCUGUUACGGGAAAUUCUACUUGGAGCUAGAUAAGAUUUGAGGGGAAAUUUUAGCAGUUUUCAAGAUUGCAGAAAUAGGAGUCUUUCUUGGUAGGGUUCCAACAAUAUAAAGUUUGCUCAUUUUGCAUAUUCUGAGUCUUAGAGGGUUCGAGUUCGAAUCCAUUCAAUUCUGUUAAAUUGCUUCCAAUUCUGAGUUCUAUCAAUUCGCCUUCUUCUGGUGUCAGGAGGUUAGUUUUUAUUUUCUUGUUUUUCUGUACUUCCUCAUUACUGUUAUGAUAAGAGUUCAAAAUUGGUUUCUUCAGGUUAAAGCUUCUUCCUUGAAAAAUAUGAUUGCUCUCAUGUGCUAGGAUGGUUCACAUGUUAAUAUGUAUUUUGUGAACAUUUGAGCAUCUGGUUUCAAUUAGUUUAGCGUUGGUUGCAGUCCUAUCUCUUAAGUCAUGAUAUGUAACUUCAGAUAUCAGAU